CUUUGGCGGCCAAACGGAUUUAUAACGAUUUUUAUAUGGAUGACUUACUGAGUGGUUGUGAUAGCGUUAGUGAAGGUAUUAAAAUUUAUAAUGAAUUGACAGAGUUACUUGACCGAGGAGGAUUUAAAUUGCAGAAGUGGUCCAGUAAUAGCCCAACAGUAUUAGAGAAGUUACAACUGAAGCAAGAUAGUAUUGUCGAAAAUAACAUUGAUUUUAACAGUAAUGAAGUAUUCAAAAUUUUAGGCCUACAAUGGAAUCGCAAGACUGAUGAAUUUGAGUACAGAGUUAACCUACCUCCAUCAGAUCAACCCAUAACUAAAAGAAAGAUCAUCUCAGAUAUAGCUCGAUUAUUCGACCCUCUCGGGUGGUUGGCUCCUGUCAUAGUUAAAGCUAAAGUAUUUAUACAGCGUACGUGGCUCUCAGGAGUCGACUGGGAUGAGGAACUUCCAUCAGAAUUACUUAGGGACUGGAUUGCAUAUCGUGCAGCGUUAGUUGAACUUACAAAUUUUCGAUUGCCACGUUGGAUUCAAUUAAAGCAUAACAACAAAACUGUUCAAUUACAUGGAUUCUCAGAUGCCUCUAGUGAAGCGUACGCUGCUGUAGUGUAUUUACGAAUUGAAGACAGUGCCGGUCAAAUACACGUUAAUCUCUUUGCCUCAAAAUCCCGGGUUGCACCAAUAAAACAAAUUUCCAUUCCACGUCUUGACCUAUGUGGGGCAGUGUUGCUUGCUAAGCUUCUAGACGAAGUAGCAACUACAUUAAAAAUUCCAAAGGAAAAUCUAUAUGCUUGGUCGGAUUCGCUAGUUGUAUUGGCAUGGUUAAGUAGUCAUCCAAGCAAGUGGAAGACCUUUGUUGGAAAUAGAGUAGCAGAUAUACUUACAAUUUUAGAUAGUACACAAUGGUCUUACGUGCCAUCCGAAGAAAAUCCUGCUGAUUGUGCGUCCAGAGGCAUCCAGCCUGAUGACUGUACUAAACUAGAACUCUGGAAAAAGGGACCGAGUUGGUUAAAAGAAAAAAUACUCAAUUAUGAUCGAAGUAAAAUAAAGGAAACUAAUUUAGAAAUCAAAACAUCAAAAGUUAAAAGUAAUACUGCAACAUACGUGGAAGAAGAUGAUAUUCUCUCUAGAUUUUCUUCAUUGAGAAGGUUAAUAAGAGUAGUAGCAUAUUGUAAAAGAAUUUUUAAGUUAAGGAAUACAAAAAAAUUUAUAGCAACAAAAUAUCUAAUCAAGGAAGAAAUAAAUGAAGCAUUACUUAACUGUAUUCGUUUGUGUCAAAUUAAGCAUUUUGAAGAAGAAAUAAAAUACCUGAAAGAAAAAAGACAAAUUAAAAGAAAUAGUAGACUUACCUCAUUAAAUCCUGUUCUUGAUGGCGAUGGCAUAUUGAGAGUUGGCGGACGAUUGCAAAGCGCUGAUAUCGACCAUGAUAUGAUGCACCCGAUUCUUAUACCUAAUAAAUCACAUUUUACAAAUCUAAUACUGGAGAAGCACCCUGGUCUGGACAAUUUCACUCGUGUAGUAAGUCUACGAUGUAAAGAUAAAAUUAUAAAGAGACCUGUUUCUAAAAUUAUUAUAUUACCAAUUGCUACUUAAAAAAUUGUCAAUCUAAAGAUUUGUAUUAAUGUAAUGUUUUUGUUCUUUCACAUUGUAUGUUCGAAGUUGUUAGUUAAGUAUAUUGUUUGUUAGUAAUUAAUAAUUUACAAAAGUGUAUAACGUUUUCUUUUUGUUAGAAAUAGUGUUAUGAACUUUCGUCCAUGGCGGGCGGAAUGUUUAAUUCUAUAAUAAAUUGUCAUAUACUUUACUUUACUAAGUAUGUAAUUUCGCAACUCGACGAUAGAUGUCGCUGUACGCAAUUAAAUCGCGCUAACGUUUUGUUCAACGGUAUGCAUAUAUGGUUUCCAUACAAAAUUGUAUCGCCUUUAUAUUCAAAUAAAUGGUCAUCACCUUGAAA